AUGGAUGCUAUUUCGGAUCCAGCUUUCCAAAGCACCAAGUCACUGAAAACUGCGGUUGAAGAGCUGCCGUCUCUUUUAACAGUUAUUGUCGAUACAACACCUAAGCUUUGGGCAGAGCUAGACAAAGAAAGUGGACAGAAAAAGAAUCUGAUACAUGCAUUGCAAUCGCUGAUUGUGUUUUUAAACGCACAUCUAACGUUUAACAGUGCCAACCAGGUCUGUGUGAUUGCUGCGCAUUCCAAAGGCAUCCAAUAUUUGUAUCCCACUACUUCGAUUUCUUCAGAGAAGAGUAGCUCGAACAAGAUCAAUAACGAUUUGAAGAUCAUCAGCAAUGACAUGUAUCGUCAGUUCCGAAAUGUUGACGAGACCGUCUUGGAGGAACUGUACAAGCUCAUGUUGGAGGAAAAAAACGCCGAAGAUCCCACCCGACCGCAGAAAAGUACACUUUCGGGAGCCAUGUCAGCGGGGUUCACUUAUAUCAACCGAACUAUCAAGGAACAGGAAAACACGUCUUUAAAAGCGAGACUUGUUGUGUUGACUUGCGGCUCCAGUGGUGGGAAAGAUGAGAUUUUUCAAUACAUUCCCAUUAUGAACUGCAUCUUCACUGCGACCAAGAUCAAAUGCCCCAUCGACGUGGUCAAGAUCGGUGGCUCUCAAGAAUCCACAUUUCUACAACAGGCUACCGAUGCCACCAAUGGCGUAUAUCUACAUGUGCCAUCUACAGAAGGACUGAUACAAUAUCUCUCCACUGCUAUGUUCAUUGACCCGUCAUUGAGACCCAUUAUAGUGAAGCCCAACCAGGGAUCUGUCGACUUUAGGACCUCGUGCUACCUUACAGGUAAAGUAGUAGCCGUAGGAUUUGUGUGCAGUGUUUGUUUGUGUGUGCUGUCGAUCGUCCCUCCUGGCAACAAAUGUCCUGCCUGCGAUUCAGAGUUUGAUGAGCAUGUCACAGCGAGACUAAAGCGGAAACCGAUUGUGCCUAACGGCGUGGCAAAAAAGAAGAAGAAGACAGAGAGCUAG